AUGAUUGGCCUACCUGAUGCUUUUUUACCUUUCACUGAGAAUGGCAAGGGAGGUGGCGUUAUACAAGGUUCUGCAAGUGAAUGCAAUUUCGUAUCGUUGCUCGCUGCGCGAUUCGAAGUGCUAAAAGAGCUCAAACAGCGAUUCCCCUUUGUUGAAGAAGGGCUUUUGCUGGUGAAAGAUCGUUAUAAACUAACACAAGCUCUGGUAGUUGAUCCUCUAUAUUUGCAACAUAGCUGGACAGUAAUUUUAGAUAAGGCUAUCGAUUACCGCCAUUGGAGUAUUCCAUUGAGUCGCCGUUUCCGAUCGCUGAAGUUAUGGUUUGUGAUUCGAGCAUACGGCGUCGAAGGACUGCAAAACUAUAUUCGAAGAGUUCAGUAUUUUAAUACUUUAGUGGAGCACUUAAAAAUGAAGUUGUCUCUUAACAAACAUUGUUAUUUGGCCAAAUUAUUCGAACAACUUGUUCGGACUGACAAAUUAUUUGAAAUCGUUGGUGAUGUUAUUCUCGGUCUGGUUUGCUUCCGUAUGAUUGCAUCGGAAGAAAUGAAUCAAGAGCUUCUUACUAAGUUCAAACUGAAUUCAUCUGGUCAUAUUCACAUGGUACCAGCAUCAUUAAAUGGUCGUUUUGUAAUUCGUUUCUGCGUUUGUUCAGAACAUGCUACAGAAAAAGAUAUCCAUAUUGCCUAUAAUUUAAUUUCCCAAACUGCUCGACACAUUUAUCAUAAUUCGGUAUCAUAUCCACUUAUUGAAGAUGAAGAGCUGAAUCAGCCAGAAGAAACAAAAUAUGCUGCACAGAUAUGCUCUUUAUUCUUUUGUUGUUUCAUAGCAAACGAAUAUAAAGGAUUUCAAUCAGAUUGCAAAGGUUAUGGUAAAGAAGAAAUGCUGAGUAAAAAAGAGCAAACAACACGAUCACAGAGACGCUCAUUUCUCGUUCGGAUGGUUUCCGAUCCAAAAUGUUACAACCCAAAAAUUGUUCGCCAUCUCACUAUGAGUGGUUUUCGAAAAAUGACUGAAGAUGUCACUCGGGAUUUUUCAUUGCGGUUAAUAAAAAUUUCUGUCGAAUAUAUGAAAAAUAAGCAAUAUUGUCACUAA